AUGGUAAGAAAUUUCCUCGAUGGUGAAUUAGACAAUCUUCCAUUAGAAUACAGUCGUUCAUUUUAUUUUCUACAAGAUGGAUGCCCAGCACAUUAUGCGGCAACGGUUAGACAAUGGUUAGACCAUACGUUUCCAGGCCACUGGAUUGGGAGACAAGGACCAGUUCAGUGGCCUCCUAGGAGUCCAGAUUUAACAUUAAUGGAUUUUUUCCUAUGGGGCCGAUUGAAACAAAUUGUUUAUUGCACACCUCAAAUAAAUGCCACUACUCAUCAAUUAAAGGAUGCGAUUAGAGAUACCGUUGCUUCAAUAUCUUUACAUGAGGUUAGAAAAAGUUUUGAUGAAUUACUUGUUCGUUUAAAGGCAUGUGCCCAACAGUGUAAUAGUGUGUUUGAGUAA